AUGUUGCAGGAAAAUGUGGUGUCCGGGAUGGGGGACGAGCUUGCGAUCGGUCAGGAGGGUCAGACUCAGCAGUCACAAAACAGCGGGCAAUCACAACAUUUGAAACGCCAGGAAUCAAAUACAUCUUCAGACGAUAAGACGACAGUUGUUGCGACAGUGUCCAACGUGGUGGAUAUUGGCUCACAGACAACGGGGCUGAGCACAACAGAAACCCCCUCCGCCACAUCUGACGAGUCCACUCAAGCAACGACAUCUGGCUUGUCGGCGGAGUCAGGUUCGGUCACGGCACCAACUUCGGCAACCGGAUCCGCCGACGGGCAAUCGACCGCGUCUCCAGCGUAUUCUUCUCCCACCGCAGAUACUCCUACAGUGACCACGGCCACUGAGCCGUCCACCUCCGUUCCUGCGUCCAGUCUGAAUCCGUCCAAAACAUCAACUCCUCUCUUUGGCGCUACCUCGACCCAUCUUCCGGCAUCCUCCACCCCGAUUCGACCGACAAGCACGGGCACCGACUCAAGCGCAACUUCGACCCAGACUUCCAGCACAGCUACCACGUCAAGUUCAAGUGUGUCCUAUGUUGACGGCUAUCAAACCGGCACAACGACUUCUCACGUUUCAUUUGGUACGGCCACGACAUCCCUUUCUUGGUCUGGUACGUCCUCCUACGCUGGAGCCUGGGGGACGGCCACGAAUGGCGCAGUGGGAGGAGCAGACGCCACUGCCACCGGGCCAUCACCAUCGGCAACCACCGCAGCCGCCGCUGCUGGCGGUCUCAGCACUCAAGCGAAAGGCAAGAUAGCUGGCGGUGUAGUUGGGGGAGUAGCGGGUGCCAUGGUGUUUGUUGUCUUGCUUUGGCUUCUGCUGCGCCGACGCAAGAGGGCCAUUCUUCCUCAGACACGUGAUGCUCUUCCUGCAGCGGACAUGGCUGGUACAGCCACUACCGAAGGAUCCAUUACCCGCUCGGCAGAAAUGACUUCGCGCCGAUCCAGCAAUGACCCGUUAUUUACCGCCUCGUACUUUGCUCCGGCGUUCAUGCAGCGGUGGCGCCAAUCGCACAUGACCACUCGUACGACGGACUCGGUGUGCUCCGAUAGUAGCGAACGUGGCUUUCAGAAGAUUUCGGGCCGGAAAAUCCCCUCAGUGCUGCAUUCGGGCGGGGAUGGGUAUGGUGGCGGCGUCGAGCAGACCUCACCCACGGCAUCUGAGCCCAGCUCUACCUAUGCCGCUCCAGGAUCUCCGGUGAUCCCGCGGUCGCCUCCCUCGCAGCCCCCGUUGACUACACCGUAUGGCAUGCCCCUAGACACGAGCUAUACUCGAGAAGCGGAUGAGCCUCUGCCGGUGGUCAAAUUCCGUCCAUCUCCUGCUCGGACUGUGACGGGGUCCAGUGGUGGUCUGAACAGCGAACCUUCAGCGCCGCGUAUGAUUCCGUCCGUGCAUGUGCAGGUGUCUGGUUCUCUUUCGCCGACCAUGCCCAAACGGCCAGAUGCGUUAGGUCGAAGUCAUCCUAGUUUCGAUGGCAGUCGAGGCAGCCGAUUCACGGAAAGUAUCUAA